AGCACCAGUUAUCGGCCAGCACGUACACAAAGAAGAAAAUGAUCCUUCAAGAAACUAGUCGCUGAUGAUUUUGCGAUUAUUUUUCUUUUUAUUGUCCCGUUUUAUCUACAUUACAGCCUACACUGACAGACAUGUACGCACACAUUGCUAGGAACGUGUGUAGUGGAGGAAGAGUGUGCACAUUUUUGUCUCCUAACACUCACAUGCCAUUGUGGAUUCUGAGAAGCACGGCAGUGGAGGGGCAAUAUAGGAUGGUGGAGCAACAUCAGCAUUGUUUUGUCCGGCAUAUGAAUUGCACAGCCAAUAAGAGGACAGCUCUGCGUAACGCCUUCCCAGUGUUAGACCUACCCCUGCAACCCAUCCACCAGCAUGUUUAUGAGGCAAACCUCCACAACAGCAAGGCCUGCCACAACAAGUAUAUGGAGUUAAGUGAGAAGGUCGCAAAAGGAGGUGGGGAAAAUGCUAUUGCAAGACACACACAGAGGAACAAGAAGUUGUUGGUAAAAGACCGAUUGCGCCUACUUUUGGAUGAUGAAGACUUCCUAGAGCUGUCACACUUUGCAGGUCUGGGUCUUCCUUAUGGUGAUAUUCCAUCAGCCGGCUGCCUUACAGGUGUUGGCAAGAUCAAUGGCCUGUGGUGUGUAGUCAUCGCCAAUGAUGCCACAGUGAAGGGUGGCACAGCUUAUCCAAUCACAGUUAAGAAGCAGCUGCGAGCACAAGAGGUGGCGAUUCAGAAUCGUUUGCCUUGUGUCUACCUCAUCGACUCUGGAGGAGCUUUUUUACCUUUGCAGUCGGAGAUCUUUCCUGAUAAGAACCAGGGAGGAAGGACUUUUUAUAAUGAAGCUAUCAUGUCUGCAAUGAAGAUCCCACAGGUGUCGGUGGUGUGCGGUUCAUGCACAGCGGGUGGCGCCUACAUCCCCACUAUGGCAGAAGAGACAGUGAUGGUGCACAGGAUAGGGACCAUGUUCUUGGGAGGACCGCCACUGGUCAAGGCUGCCACAGGAGAGGAAGUCACACCAGAAGACCUUGGAGGAGCUAGGCUUCAUGCCGAGGUGAGUGGAUGUGUGGAUCAUUUUGCCUGGGAAGAGAAAGAGGCCUUUGUGUGUGCCCGGAACAUCAUAUCAACGCUCAACUUCACACUGCCAGAGGAGGAGGAUGAAGAGAAGAUGAGGAGGAGGAAAGAUGAGGAGAAGCCACUGUAUAGUUCAGAUGAGCUGCUGGGUCUUGCCCCCAGAAGUUACACCUACAGUCUGGAUGUUAAAAUGGUUAUUAGUCGGCUCACAGACGGAAGUCGCUUCCAGGAGUUUAAAGCCAGCUUUGGAACCACACUCAUCACUGGCUUUGCAAAGAUACAUGGUCACCUCGUAGGAAUAGUAGCCAACAAUGGAGAGCUGUCAUAUCAGUCUGCUCUGAAGGGAAGCCACUUUGUCCAGCUGUGUGACCAAAGAGACGUCCCACUCCUCUUCCUCCAGAACACUGCACCAUCAGCAGCACUAACUCUCUCCCCAACACAGGGAGAAAUGAACAGCAACCGCCUGAAAGCUCAGGGUUCAAUGAUGUCAGCAGUGGCCUGCGCCUCUGUGCCCAAAAUCACUGUGGUGAUAGGAGGUUGUCAUGGCGCUGACAGCUAUGCCAUGUGUGGAAGGUCCUUUGACCCCAACUUCCUCUUCCUGUGGCCCAAUGCCAGAGUGUCCCUGACAGCUGCUGGUCACAUUGGCCCUCUGCUUCCCUCUGACAGUGAGCAGGAGGAGGAGCGAAAAAACACGGAGAACAAUCUCAACAGGAUGAUAGAGGAGGAGAGUUCGGCUUUUUUUUCCUCGGGACGGCUCUGGGAUGAUGGAGUCGUUCUGCCUCAGGACACUCGCAGGGUUCUUCGAGACUGCCUGAAUAUAAUCAAACAGCAACAGUAUCAGCUUUCAACGGAAAAACUACAGUCAGCCCUUCUACGGAUUUAAAAACAUGUUUCAUGUCACUGAGACAUUACCAUGCCUUUUGUACCGUCCUGGGACAUCUACCAGAAGUACCUCUUCUUGGAUCAGUAGGAGAUCAUAUGAUCUGGACUGGAUGAUUUGAAUGGAUGACUGAUGACUGUUUGACAGGCCACUUUCUGAGUGAUGUAUAAAUGUUUAUCACGUUUUUAACACAAUAUGACAAUGCCAGGCAUGUCUAUUUGGUGCUAGCAUGCAUUGUGGACGGUGUACGGUUCGGUCCGCCCUACACAUGACAAUACGCCUUUAUGGACCUCGGUUUUGCGAUACACUUUGCACUGUGUGCACGCACGUGCCUGUGCAGACUAGCAAAAAGUCCUCCCUGUGACUGUAAACUGUAUAUAUUUUAAGUGAGGGACAGUCUGUCUAAAAGGCCGAAAAUGCAAGGCAUUCGGCAACACAGUAUAUAUCGGAGAGUAUUUCAGCUGCAAGGCUUAGCCCAUCUGUGUCGAAUAUCGCCCAGCCUCCUCGCCCCAAUGGUGAGGUGUGGUACACCUAUUUUUGAACAGUUCACCCCCGUAAACUGACAAAGAUGAGUACCUGUACAUAAGAUGAAAAAAAAGCCAUUUUAUUUCAUACUCAGCUCAGAGUGAAUACAUUGUACACUGUAUAGUGCCAGUAGCCCAUCUCUCUUGCUCACCAUCAUGGUGUGCUACACUCUGUUCCAUUCAUUUGCGGUUCCUUUGAGUCAUCAGACUGGUUUAAGCCUAGUGACUGAGAAGAAAGAGGUCGGGCUAUAGUACGUCUGAAAACGUAACACCGCCAUUGCAGUGCCUGUCAUUAAAUGUUCUGUACCAGCAUCUCUUUAAGAUGUAUUGGUUCUUUGAUGCCCAAUGCUAGUGUCUGUCAUUUCUGUACUAGUCAAGGUGGAAAAUAUUGUCUUAAUGAGAUGUCAUUAUAAGUGUACCAGGAGCAAACAAAAAUUUGUUCAAACUUUUUUCAUCUUAAUUUUUGUAAAAUUGCAAUUAUUUAAUUAUUUUUUGUUUAAACUUUCUUCUCAAAUGUAUUUUUCAUAAUUAUGACUUUAUUCCCAUACUAUAUUUGUUUUCUGCAAUUGUACAAAAAUUACAACAUUC